UAAACAAUUCCGAAGUAUCCUGCCAGACUCCAAAACUCCAAAGUAGCCUCGGCUUCAACCGAGCGCGCCGCUAACGCGUCUUUUGGUAUGCAUGCAGCAUGCAACAGCGAGUCAUGCGAAUCGUAGUCAUGACUUUCGAUUUACACGUUCAAGUCGCGUCUUUUCCCUCUUCCCACGACGCAUGCUCGUAUCGUAGAUCGCAUUCAUGUCACCCUCAACAUCCUCAAACAUGGACAUAGACAUCAACAGUCAUCCAGCCUUCUCGCGCAUACCACCAUGGGUCAAAGCAAAGUUGCGCCCGAUUGCAAUCUCAAAGAUACACCAAGUAUACGAAUGGGUUGAGACUGAGUGUAUACCAGCAGAGCGCAUAUACAAAGCCCAACUCAGCGCAAGCAAGACGAGAUGGGGGACUCCAGCCAUCAUCCACGAGCUGCGAAAAAAGGCCAAGGCGCAAGGACUAUGGAAUCUAUUUCUGCCGAACCAUUUCGUUGAGAGUCCUGGGUUAACGAAUCUGGAGUAUUCAUGUUGUGCAGAGAUAAUGGGAAGAGUAUACUGGGCAGCGCAGACCAUGAACUGCCACGCCCCAGAAACCGGCAACAUCGAACUCCUCGCAAAAUACUGCACCCCGUCUCAAAAACAAAAAUGGCUUCACCCCCUCAUGAACGGCGACAUGUCCUCUGCCUACAGCAUGACCGAACCCAAUGUCGCCUCCUCAGACGCAACCCAAGUCGGCAUAAAAAUGGAGAUCACAGACAAAGAAGUCAUCAUCAAUGGCCGCAAGCUCUACGGCAACUGUCAAUACAACCCAGAAAUGCAACUCUUCAUCUUAAUGGGGUGUUCUGACCCAUCCAACCCCAAUCCCUGGAACAGACACACAACGCUCGUCGUACCCGCCAACUCUCCCGGCCUCCGGCAGAUCAGGAAUCUAAGCAUAAUGGGCUACGACUGGGCGCCUGAGGGCCACGGCGAAUACGUAUACGAGAACGUGCGGGUGCCGCUGGAAAACAUCAUCUUAGGUCCAGGCCGCGCCUUCGAAAUCGCUCAAGGGCGACUGGGUCCCGGUCGUAUACACCACUGCAUGCGGCUCAUAGGCCAAGCCGAACGCGCCUUCGAACUCGCACUCGUACGAUGCAUGGAGCCGCGCAAGAAACCGCGGGGUAAGUUCAUCGGUGAGUUCGACAGUAAUAUCGAGCGGAUAGCGGAUAUGCGCAUGACGAUUGAUGCAAUGCGGCUGGUCGUUCUCAACGCAGCGGAUACCAUGGAUCUGCAGGGUAACAAGGCGGGCAAGUAUGCUAUUGCGCAGAGCAAGAUUAUGGUGCCGAAUGCGCUGCUCAAAGUUAUCGACGAGGCGAUGCAAAUCUAUGGUGGGCAGGGGCUCACGCAGCAUACCCCUUUGCCUGAGAUUUGGACGUAUGCGCGGUUUGUGAGGGUUGCGGAUGGCCCGGAUUCCGCGCAUAGGCAUCAGGUUGGAAGGGAUCAGAUGAAGACGGCGCAGGGGUUUAGGGAUAAGGCGAAGGGGUAUACGGAGAGGUAUAGGGAGCUGUGUAGGAAGUGGGGAUUAGAGCCGGAGGAGUUUGAGGGGAUAUUGUAGAAGACGUUUCUUCUCUUUAGGUGGAUGAAACGACAUUAAACAGGUACAUCACUCAUAUAUUGUGCAACUAGUAAGAAUAAAGUAAGAUGUAUAAGAACAAUAUAAUACUAUUGUUUCUUCGAGUUGUUGAAAGAUAGGAAAA